UAGUUUAUGGAUGUAAGGUGGGAUAUAUUAAUAGCUGCCAGCUCAGCUGGUCUUUGUGCCGGAUGCGCUUAUCUGCUACACCAACGUAACAGUCACCUUAAUGCUGUCUCCCAAGCAACCGCAUUCUCCACUGUCUCACGGCUUAUAGAUUAUCUUGAUGAGAACGAAGUUAAUGAGAUAGAGUUGAUCUCAGUGACUGGUAAGGUAGCUGCUAUCGGUGGUGCUAUCAAGAGCAAAUAUUUAGACAAUUUAGAAGGUGUUAUCAGCGAGCAACAAGUGGUAGAGCACAGAUCUGAAUGGUCAUCAGCACUUCAGAGAUGGCUUGACUCAGAAUCCCUAAUCAGUCUAGCAACAAAUCAGGUUCCAUUCUCUCUGACUGACGGGGUGAACUUUAUCUCAGUUUUCAGUCCUAAUCUGAGUUACCAAUCCCCAACUCAGAUCGUGUACGAUAAGUUUGAACCUAAGGAUGAAGCCAGUGCAGUACGACAUCUCGUGAACUAUGUAGUGGGGUCCCAGGUGAAGGGACACCAGUAUUUAGAGAAACUCCUCCCUGUUGAAACCAUCCUAACUGCUAUCGGAACUGUUAAACGUUCUGAAGGCGAACUUUCAAUAGCACCCCCAGAGAACGGUCUGCCUUAUUUAAUAAGCAGACAAUCUUUAACCGAAGUUUUACAAGACUUGAAGGGAGGCACGCUAAACCCCAAGAUUUUUAUGGUCAUAUUCGGGGCAAUCAGCUUCACAGCCAUCUCAUACAUGGCGUACAGUAAAUACCAGAAAUACCUUGCUCGUAAGAAGCGAGAAGCUCUGAUCCGCGAGAUGGAGUCCAUGAGGGACGCUAACGGAGACAGCACGGAGUCUUGUGUGGUGUGUCUAGAUAACCCCAGAGGGACCGUGCUGAUACCGUGUGGUCAUGUCUGUGUGUGCUUAUUGUGCUCCGAACAGGUGGACACGUGUCCUGUGUGCAGACAUGAAAUUGAGCAGAUUGUUAGAACUUAUAAUGCUUGAGUUGUCAGAACUUUAAAUACUUAAAUAAUUUGUGAGUUUUUAUUUUAUCACAUAGUUCUGGAAAUUGUCCGUUAGUUGCCGAAUGUGUUUCAUUGUAGUUAUUUAACAUGGACGGGAAUGCUUUGAAUUAAAUGCAUGGUUGAUAUCUUCUUUUCAAAUCUUUGAAAUAUUGAAAACAAUCCAUGAUUUUAGGUUACUUUUGUACCAUGAGUUAUUGUUUUUUUUCCGAAUUUUGAUAGCUGUGUUGAUUUGUAUGUAUAUUGCUAUGUGUAUAUUUUAUUUCAAUUGAUUUAUGAAUAAACAUCGUUAAUUCUGGCAUUAUCAUUCGUACGGACUUGGGUGGCCAUGAAAUUGGUAAACUGGAAAAUGUUACAAUGCACAUCUCGCACCUUUCACGUUCAAUCUCUUACCACUCAAUAACCAUCUCUUGAACUGGACAAAAAAGUACAGAAUAGGAUUAAAUAGGAUUGAAAUAAAAGUUGUUCACUUUCAUGCAUAUAAAAGAUUAGAACUCUAUGUGUUCAUGCAUACGUAUACGAUAUACAUGUCUUCAUAUUUGAAUAAUCUCAUUAAACUCUGUUUCUAGAUCUUCCAUCGAUAUUAGAUUAGCAGUCGGUCCACAGCAUGCAAUGUUAACCUCACCUAUGACGUCAUAGUAUGACAAUGACCCAUUUUCGUUGGCCUUUGUUGGUAUUCACAAGUUCUGCAGCGCUUUACUGUAACUACGUUGCUUUUAAAACUUAUAGGCUUAAAAUCAUCGAAGAACUCCAAAAGUUGUGGUUAAGAUGGAAGAACAAUGAAUUGACAGAGGAAGCUAGAUUUGAUGCUGCAGAAUCUGUGGUUUCUGCUCGGAUUAGCUCUUCGCGUCAGAUCAUGGUUUCCAAUGGAUUGGCCACUGUUCUUUUGUUAGGUCAGUGCUGUAAUCUCUUAAAGUUAGUUAAACAGGGACUUCCCUCUCAGUUGCUAUGCACAAGUGCCAUUAUAGGAAGCAUCUUAUUCUACCAGACAGUCCUGUCCCUCUUGGAGUGUAUUAGAUUACAGCGGAUCCGCAGAAAGAUUGUAGUCCAUGUAAUUGCAAAGCUCGAUGCUAUUUUAACUUCUUCUUAUCCCGAUAUCAUCCUGAAUACUUUGGUAGAGGCAUUAAUAAGAGACAUAUCUGAAGACCAUCGUGGUAAUCAAGGAGAUGAUCUAAAUGUGAAAGGAGAUGUUGAGCCCGGUCCUAAUCCACAUCUAAAAACAUUUGAAUCAAAUGUUUUUAGAGUCCCAGCUGAUGUAAAAGAUGACGGCAUCUUGUUAAAAUCUGGAGUUGCUGAACACAAAGUACACCAGCCCGACUCGUUUCUAUCAACAGAGAACUCUAAACCUGCUGACUUUUUAUCUGCUACGUCCCUUCAGAACUUAUACCUCGCAAGCAACGUUGACUUCGUAAAACAUGGAAAAGUACUUCAGAGUUAUACUUCUGAACCAGAAGACAUUUGCAUGGCCAAGAAAAUCCUCUUGUACCAGAUUAGGUACAUUUAUAAGACGUCCCCUAUCCAAGCUAAAGGUCCAUGACAGAAUCCAGACCAAGGAUAACCGAACCAACCCUGGAACCAAUUUCGUGGCUUGUCUCACUAUCAUUUACUCUGAUAGAUUCUCAUAAAUUAAAAGCUCGAGAUUAUUUUUACACUAAAUUUAUGAGAAUGUGUCAAACAUUUAUUACAUUAGACUAGAGGUUUUCGUAAUAUUACAAAUUGUUCAUAGUUACUAAUUAAUAAUUUUGCAUGCAUUUAUGUCAACAAUAAUUUUAAAGUUUACGGUGUACUUAUAUUUUACAUAAAUUGUACAUUACAUACCGUUAAUAUUCCAGAUUUGAGAUAUUUGUGCAUUGUCUUUGCGUGUUUAACCACUGAAUAUUGCAUGUUGUUACUUUUUAGUGAAUUAGAUCCCCACUUAACGGUAAAACAAUUGAAUUGGCAGUUUUGCAUUGCUCUGAAUUUUGAUAAUAUUAGAAUAGAUACUGUGUUAGGUGUUAAUGCUCUCACUGGAACAGAGAUGUAGGAUCUAAAUGGACUAUCUUACAAGCAACUGGAGUACUCUCUGCCUAGCAUGUGCAGGAGGUGCACUAGGAUACUACUACCAGUACAAUCGACCUGUAUCAGCUGAUAUUAGCAUUGUCUACGCUAAAGUAUUCGCUGAGAAAGUUCAGGAUUAUCUCUCCCUAAAAGAUGAGAUUAUUGAACAUGUAAAGGAGAGGAUUCCCUUGAAGUCGAAACAAGAGGUAGAUAAACUGGAUAUAUUUCCAGAUAAAACCUAUAUUGGUAGGAUUUGGGAGAGUAUUCAAGGUAACACUCAUCUUAGUUGGUUCUGGGAAAGGUUUGCUAAACUUAAGCAACUCCUUUUGAAAGACUUGGACAUAAAAGAGAUACUAGAAGACUUGCACUUUUCGGAGAUUCUGAGCACUAUAAAGCGCAACAAACUCUUCUUAGUAUUUAGCUGUACAGGAUUCCUCUUAGUUUACUGCUCUGUUAAGAAGUUCGAUAAUCACAACGGGACUAUCAUCCGAGGAAGGUUUAGAUCAAGAAAUAACAUGAGUGCCGAGCGAUUUUCGAAUCCUCUGGAACUGUUUUUGGGAUAUUGUCUCUAUCAAACUAGAAGAGUAACAGAAAUUUUAAAGAGAGAUAAAGUUCCCUCGUCACUUUUUGUAGCUACUGUUUUGCUUGUUAUUGUCAAACAUUACGUUAAGAUUGAAUAUCGUCCGGAUCAGGAUGUCUUUGUAUUUGAUUACAGUAAGAAUUAAAUUAUAUUUGUUUGUUAUUUUUUUUGUAAAAAUUCUCUUUGUAGUUAUAUGCUGAUAAUUAAUUAAUUAAUACAAGUUGCAGA